AUGAAGGAGUACAGAAACAAAAUAGUAGUACUAGCGUCUUCAUUCACCAUUGACGAUGAACAGAAUGUAGAACAAACACAAGCAAUCAGUCUAUUGACUACUCGGACGAUUCCCUUUGAGGUCGUCGAUGCCUUUGAUCCGACCAUGAUGAAACGACGUACCCAGUUACAAAAAUUAAUGCCCGACUCGGCACAGUAUCCACAAUUCUUUGUUGUUGACGACAACGAAGUCACAUCCUACGUCGGAGAACUUGGACGACUACAGGACAUUGACGAAGACAGUGGGCUUUCCGAUUCCGUCAUUGGGGCCCAUCCAUUAAUCAUGACAUGGGAGAGACUACUCGGAGCCGGAUACAGGAACAAGCUACUGCUACUUAUUUCGACCAUGAAAGUGUGUCGAAAACAACACCAUCGCCAAGAUCGUGCCAUGCAAAUUCUGCGAGCCAAACGAAUUCCAUUUGACACUGUCGAUGCUGCGGAUCAAACUUUGAUUGAAAGACGAAAUGAAUUGUUCGAAAUCAGUGGCAUUCGUGGACAAUAUCCUCAAUUUUUCUUGACAGAAAAGACUGGGGAAACACAUUAUAUUGGAGAUUGGGAUACAAUAGAAAAUAUCAAUGAUACAAGUGGACUGCCACAAGCAUUGAUCGAAACCAAUCCGGGUGCAGUGACUUGGGAUCGACUCUUGAAUGCAGGAGUUGCAAUGUAG